AUGGCUGAAAAUUCACCGAAAUGCAUGAUUGCAACAGCAGGCCUAGCUGCGAAGGCCCUUGCUCUGACGGCGCUUGCCCUCGCCUACCUCGCGGCAGCUGCGGAGGCCCAGACGCCGUGCGGCGGGCCGCAGUGCGGCGGGCCGCAGUGCGGCUGGCAAGCCGGCGGCUCCGUGUGUGGCGACGGUCGUUGCUGCAGCAUGUAUGGCUACUGCGGGUCCGGCCCAGGGUAUUGCGGCCUCAACUGUCAGAGCAACUGCCAUGAGGGUCUCGCCGCCGCCACACCGGUGAAGGCGGACCCACAGUGCGGUGUCCAGGCCGGCGGUGCAGUGUGCGCCAAUGGCCUCUGCUGCAGCCAGUUCGGGUUUUGUGGGCUCGGCAUCAAAUACUGUGGUGUCGGCUGUCAGAAGACUAAGGCCAAGGCGGUGCCACAAUGUGGUGUCCAAGCUGGCGGCGCCGUGUGCCCCAACGGCCUUUGCUGUAGCCAAUUCGGCUUUUGUGGGCUCGGUGCCCAGUAUUGCGGGGUCGGAUGCCAAAGCCAGUGCUCUAGUGGUGCCCCCCUCGCCGCAGAGGUGAAGGCAGGUGAGUGCGGUGUCCAGGCUGGAGGCGCCCCGUGCCAUCCUCCCAACUGCUGCAGCCAAUAUGGGUUCUGCGGGCAAGGCCCUGAGUACUGUGGUGCCGGCUGCCAGAGCCAGUGCCCGGGGCCAUAA